UUGUUAACUCAUGCAUUAACUCUCCGACACAUUUUACAUUCGUUUUGACCAAUUUUAGUGAAAAAACUGAUUUUUUUUUUGCUGAGAUAUCGUUUUGAAGUCAGUUGAGGUGAGAUUUUGGAAAAGCAGCGAAAGAAGCCUUCGAAAUUUAACUCGGGAUUUCUGCAGAUAAAYUUAACAUUUAAAUGGACUUUGCAACGAAAGAUUCGUUUACAUUUGGASUGAAAAACCAAUCUGACAAAGGAACUUUUUUCAGUUUUAACUGAAUUUCAAGAAGCAGAGAAAACGGAAAUCAAAGUUUGGUUGAUAGAGGACGUACUUCAGUCGCCUGAAACUGGAAGGCCCUGACUUGGGCUUCUUUGUUAUUAUUUUCAAGUCAAGGAUCAGAGAUUAUAUAGGAUACAACGGCAUUUCAAGGAACGGCAAUUUAACAUUUAAUCCACAGCUUAUGGUAUAGUUUUAAAGGAUUGUCUCUAUGGAUAAAUGAACAUAAUCAAGGGAKCACUGUCCACUUUGUAACUAUGGCAAAAGACAUUGGUUUCCGAUGCAUAAAAUUCAUGGUGUUUUUCUUCAAUCUUCUGUUUUUCCUUGCUGGAGUAGCGAUCUUUGGUAUUGGUGUAUGGAUUCUUAGUAAUAAAGAUGAAGUUGCUGGAGACUAUGGAAGGUUAACAGGGACGAUUAACUACAAGACAGCACCCAUUCUUUGUAUUGUUAUUGGAAUCGUGACUGUCAUUGUCGCCUUUCUUGCCUGCUGCGGGGCUUUAAAGGAAAACCAAUGUAUGCUAGGUGCCUACUUCGGGCUUGUCAUCGCAAUUUUCUGCCUGGAAAUCACAGCGAUUGCUCUAGCUUAUGUUUACAGAGAGCGCAUCGAAAAGAACCUUCGAUCAGACAUUCGAGAAACUAUGAACGAAUAUCGAUUGCCUGGUCAUGAUGCCGUUACUAAGGCUAUUGACGAAAUUCACCGGGACUUUAAAUGCUGUGGUAAUUAUGGUUACAAAGAUUGGUUUAAGACUCGUUGGGGUCAGCAGAACAAAAACAAUGUCCCUAAGAGUUGCUGUAAGGAUCUAUCAGACUCUAAAUGCAAUGAGGGGGUAGACGAGGACCCCACAAAAAUUUACAGGCGAGGUUGCUACAUAUAUGUGAAGAAAUACUUGUCCAAUAAUUUACACGUUAUUAGUGGGUUUGGUAUAUGGAUAGCUGUCAUACAAUUAAUGGGAAUUAUCUGCGCGACUUGUCUCUGCUGCCAUAUAAGGUACGACGACCCUUCAUAUUACGCCUAGGCAUGACAUCAUUUCCAAGACAUUUUAAGUCAUAGUACUGCGCAUGACACAUAGUCGUGUUGAAGAUGGAGAUGAUCAUAAAAUGAUUGCAACGUAAUCUAUGGUAAGCUUAAAAAGCUGCAAGACAUAAUCAAAUCAAUCUGGCCAAGUGGUAGUCACGUGACUAAAACACGUGACCAAAASGAUCCAAUCACAUCAGCGAGUCCGAUUUGUAAAUUUGAAAUUGACAAUAUUGAGUAUAGAACAAUAAUUAGUGAAAGCGAUUGGUCAGAUUGGGAUAUCCCAAUUAUACUUCAACAUGAGAUGACACGUGACAAUCACGUGAUAUUCGCUUAUUAAUUGGCUUCAUUUAUAAAACUGAUUUAAAACUAAUACUUAUUAUAGAGUGCAAAAACUGGAAGUGUGAAAUCUAUAGCAUUAAUCUUCGUUUUGCACUUGUUACACUCUAACCCAAAAAUGUUUUUUUUUUUUUUUUGGAAAAAAAGAAAUUUAAAAGGUAUAUCCCUGAUGAAGGUGUUAUAUAAAAGAAUCAACUCUCUAAUGAUUUUGAAUGACCAGUAUCACACAUGCAUAAAAUGCUCGUUUCUGAUURGCUAAUUGACCCUCAGAAUUUAUUUAAAGAAAUGGCCGCCGAAUCGUCGAGUCCAUCACUGAUACAUCCCGGCGUACAUUGCGUCUAUAUGCGUUUGUGURGUYACAUUUUCUGAAAAUGUAAUAUCAGUUCUAGACAAAAAAUAUUGAGUAUAUCGCUUGUAUUUAGAUGAAAAUGGCUUCCUUUUGCUCAGCAAGACAUUUUCAUCAAAUAAACGCGAUAUUCAGUUCCAUUGAUUCUCCGAGAAUUAAAAUAAAUAAGCUUACAUCUGUUCACUUAACCUUGAUAAAAAUGUCAAAUGAAUUGUCAAAUAACUUAUAAGUGAAUAAGGAAAAUAAAGAAAAACUCUUAAUAAAAAAAAUACAA